AUGAAAGUUUCCAAUUGCCUCAACAUCCUUGCGGCCUUGGGCCUUGCUUCAGCGUCUCCUCUCGAGAAACGCGCGAGCCGCACAAGCCCUCCAAGUGGAUGUAAGGUUGUGCGAGGAUCCGGGACACUGUCUGGCGAGUACUCGACUUUGGGUGCCGCAAUAACUGCUCUGGGAACAUCGUCGACAGCCUCAGCAUGCAUCUUCAUCUACAGCGGUACAUACACUGAACAAGUCGUCGUUCAGUACAAGGGCGCACUCACCAUCUACGGCUACACUACAGACACUGGUUCCUACAAGAGCAAUGCUGUAACAAUAACCCACAAGCUUUCCAGUCCAGAUGCAGGCUCGCUCGACGCCUCAGCCACACUCAACGUCAAGUCCGCAUCCUUUGCACUAUAUAAUGUCAACGUAGCAAACACCUAUGGCCAAGGUGCCCAAGCUGUAGCUCUCGCCGCCAACGGCAACAAACAAGGCUACUACGGCGUCUCCUUCAAAGGCUACCAAGACACUCUCUACGCAAAGUCCGGCGACCAGUACUACUCCAACUGCUACAUGGAAGGCGCCGUAGACUACAUCUUUGGCGACGCUAGUGCCUGGUUCGGAGAAUGCACCAUUGCCAGCAACGGCGGUGGAGCCAUCACUGCGACUUCGCGAGAGACGAGCAGUGACACGGCGUGGUACGUUUUCGAUCACAGCACGAUUACUGCUGCGUCUGGCGCUAGUGUAAAGGGCACGGUAUACCUUGGUCGUCCGUGGCGCGUCCUCUCGCGCGUUAUGUACCAGAACAGCGUUCUCACCAAUGUCGUUAACGCUAAGGGUUGGACGGAGAUGGCUGAUGGAGCUACACCGCUGUACUACGAGUACAAUAACUCGGGUGAUGGCGCGAGCACUUCGGGCAGGAAGUACCUGUCCGCAUCGAGCGCUGCGGUUACCAAGGCCCAGAUCUGGCCUAACUCGGGAACAGAUUGGAUCGAUAAGUCAUACUAG